CGCCCGCCGGCAAGUUUGGCGGCUCGUGUCCUCCCGGCCCGCGCGCCCCGGUUGGCGCGGACCCGCGGAGCGAUGCCGGGGGACGUGCUCCUAGUCGUGUGGUUCUGCGUGUGCGCCGCCCGGACAGUGGUGGGCUUUGGGACGGACCCUGACCUGCAGAUGGAUAUUAUCACCGAGCUCGACCUCGUGAACAUCUCCCUUGGAGUCACUCAAGUGUCUGGACUGCACAAUGCCAGCAAAGCAUACGUGUUUCAAGAUACAGCAAGAGAGAUCCAUGCAGCCCCUCAUGUGAGUGAGAAAUUAAUCCAGCUGUUCCGGAAUAAGACUGACUUCACCUUUUUGGCCACUGUACAGCAAAAGCCGUCGACUUCAGGAGUGAUACUCUCCAUUCGAGAGCUGGAGCGCAGCUAUUUUGAACUGGAGAGCAGUGGUCUGAGGGAUGAGAUCCGAUACCACUAUAUGCAUAAUGGGAAGCCUAGGACCGAGGCCCUUCCGUACCGGCUGGCAGAUGGACAGUGGCAUAAGGUCGCGCUGUCUGUCAGUGCCUCUCAUCUCCUGCUCCACAUCGACUGCAACAGAAUUUACGAACGCGUAAUACACCCUCCUGAAACCAACCUUCCCCCAGGAAGCAACUUAUGGCUUGGUCAACGCAACCAAAAGCAUGGCUUUUUCAAAGGAAUCAUCCAAGAUGGGAAAAUCAUCUUUAUGCCAAAUGGAUACAUAACUCAAUGUCCAAACCUGAAUCGCACUUGUCCAACUUGCAGUGAUUUCUUAAGCCUGGUGCAAGGAAUAAUGGAUUUGCAAGAACUUUUGGCCAAGAUGACUGCAAAAUUAAAUUAUGCAGAGACGAGACUUAGUCAGUUGGAAAACUGUCAUUGCGAGAAGACCUGUCAAGUGAGUGGACUUCUCUAUAGAGAUCAAGACUCCUGGGUUGAUGGGGAUCACUGCCGGAACUGCACUUGCAAAGGUGGUGCUGUCGAAUGUCGGAGGAUGUCCUGUCCCCCUCUCAAUUGCUCCCCGGACUCACUCCCCGUGCACAUUGCUGGCCAGUGCUGUAAGGUCUGCCGACCAAAAUGUAUCUAUGGAGGCAGAGUCCUUGCAGAAGGCCAGAGGAUUUUAACUAAGAGCUGCCGGGAAUGCAGAGGUGGAGUUUUGGUAAAAAUUACAGAUGCAUGCCCUCCUUUGAACUGCUCGGAAAAGGAUCACAUUCUCCCGGAGAAUCAGUGCUGCAGUGUCUGUAGAGGUCACAACUUUUGUGCAGAAGGACCUAAAUGUGGUGAAAACUCGGAGUGUAAAAACUGGAACACAAAAGCUACUUGUGAGUGCAAGAAUGGUUACAUAUCUGUCCAGGGAGACUCUGCCUACUGUGAAGAUAUUGAUGAAUGUGCAGCUAAGAUGCAUUACUGUCAUGCCAAUACUGUGUGUGUCAACUUGCCUGGGUUAUAUCGCUGUGACUGUGUCCCAGGGUACAUUCGUGUGGAUGACUUCUCUUGUACAGAGCAUGAUGAGUGUGGCAGCGGGCAACACAAUUGUGAUGAGAAUGCCAUCUGCACCAACACCGUCCGGGGACACAGCUGCACCUGCAAACCAGGCUACGUGGGGAAUGGAACCAUCUGCAGAGCAUUCUGUCAAGAGGGCUGCAGGUAUGGUGGAAGCUGUGUGUCUCCUAACAAGUGCGUCUGUCCCUCUGGAUUCACAGGAAGCCACUGUGAGAAAGAUAUUGAUGAAUGCACAGAGGGAAUCAUUGAGUGCCACAACCAUUCCCGCUGCGUUAACCUGCCAGGGUGGUACCACUGUGAGUGCAGAAGCGGUUUCCAUGACGAUGGGACCUAUUCACUGUCCGGGGAGUCCUGUAUUGACAUUGAUGAAUGUGCUUUAAGAACGCAUACCUGCUGGAAUGAUUCUGCUUGCAUCAACCUGGCAGGGGGCUUUGACUGCCUCUGUCCCUCGGGGCCCUCCUGCUCUGGUGACUGCCCCCAUGAGGGAGGACUGAAGCGCAAUGGACAGGUGUGGACCCUGAAAGAAGACAGGUGUUCUGUGUGCUCCUGCAAGGAUGGAAAGAUACUCUGCCGACGGACAGCUUGUGAUUGCCAGAACCCAAGCGUUGACCUUUUCUGUUGCCCAGAGUGUGACACCAGGGUCACAAGUCAAUGUUUAGAUCAAAAUGGACACAAGCUCUAUCGAAGCGGAGACAAUUGGACUCAUAGCUGCCAGCAGUGCCGGUGUCUGGAAGGAGAGGUAGACUGCUGGCCCCUCACUUGCCCCAAUUUGAGCUGUGAGUACACAGCCAUCUUGGAAGGGGAGUGUUGUCCCCGCUGCGUGAGUGACCCCUGCCUAGCUGAUAACAUCGCCUACGACAUCAGAAAAACCUGCCUGGACAGCUAUGGCAUUUCAAGGCUUAGCGGCUCAGUGUGGACAAUGGCUGGAUCUCCCUGCACAACCUGCAAAUGCAAGAAUGGAAGUGUCUGCUGUUCUGUGGAUUUGGAGUGUCUUCAUAAUAACUGAAGUACUUAAAAUAGACUCAUCGUUGCGGGAGAAAAAUGGACGAAAUGACCAUCCAGCAUGGUGAAGAACAGGAGUUGGUGUUUCUUUUGUUUUUGUUUUUGUUUUUACCACAAUUACCAAAGUCCCGUCUGAGGAAGGUGUUUGGGGGUUACCUCUUGGACCUAUCACUUUGUUCAUUCUUGCUAACCUAGUCUAGGUGACCUACAGUGCAUUGCAUUUAAGUCUAUGGUUGUUAAAAGAAGUUUCCCGUGUUGUAAAUCACGUUUCCCUUAUCAAAUCAUUUGCAAAUACAUUUAAAUGAUCUCAUGGUAAACGUUGAUGUAUUUUUUGUUUUAUUUUGUGUACUAACAUGAUAGCGAAUCCGCUCUUAAUUUAUUAUUUUUUUUCUUGAGUUUUGGAUCAAAUUCUACA